UCCCGUUCCCGUUCCCGUUCCCCCCCCCCGGCCAUGUCCACGCUGUUCCCGUCGCUGCUGCCCCGCGUCACCGAGUCGCUGUGGUUCAACCUGGACCGGCCCUGCGUGGACGAGACCGAGCUGCAGCAGCAGGAGCAGCAGCACCAGGCCUGGCUGCAGAGCAUCGCCGAGAAGGACAACACCUUGGUACCCAUCGGGAAACCGGCAUCCGAGGUGGGCCCGGCGCUGGGGGCAGCGGGAAUGGGGCCCUGGGGCUGGGAAUGGGGCGUGCGGGGGGCGGGACUGGGACGGGCUCUGCCCCCGCAGCACUACGACGAGGAGGAGGAGGAGGACGAUGAGGACGACGAGGACAGCGAGGAGGACUCGGAGGACGACGAGGACAUGCAGGACAUGGAUGAGAUGAACGACUACAACGAGUCCCCAGACGAUGGGGAGAUCAACGAGGUGGACAUGGAGGGUGCGGAGCAGGACCAGGACCAGUGGAUGAUCUGAGAGUGCCGAGGCCGUUCCCAAGCGGAGCAGCACUGGGGGGGUCCCUGUGCCCCUCAUAGCACUGGGGGGGCUCUGUGGGGCACAGAGAGACCCAAAGCCAGGCUGGAGCGUUGCCAUUCCCAUUCCCCAAUAAACUCUAUUU